UCCCUUUUAAUAGAGCCCAGCAGGGCUUUAUCAGCCAGUGCCUUCUGCCCGGGGAGCCAGCUGCACUUUAGAGAAAACUGAGCACCUCUCACCACUUAGAAUCAAAAAGUACCUAAAAUAAAGAUUAUUAAAGGAAAGAUGAAUGGACGGUCUUUGAUUGGCGCCGCUGGUGACGCCCCUCCUGGUCCUCUUUGGAGGGACCCUUUUGGAAAAAAAGCUGGUGAGGCAGCGCGCAGAGGCUUCCCCUGUCUAAUCUCAGCCCUGGCUGAUGGGCCAGCAGAACAGGAGCCAGAGGAAGAGCUAUCCAUGGAGGACAGUCCCAGCAUUGUUAAAAUGGACCAGGGUGGAAAUCCAGGUUCACCAUGUCGAGGGAGAAGAUGCUUCCCCAAGGCACUUGGCUACAUCACUGGUGAUAUGAAAGAAUUUGCCAGCUGGCUUAAAGACAAACCCCAGGUGCUCCAGUUCAUCGACUGGGUUCUUCGGGGCAUAUCCCAAGUGAUGUUUAUCAGCAACCCCAUCAGUGGAAUCUUGAUUCUGGUGGGACUCCUGGUCCAGAACCCCUGGUUGGCUCUCAAUGGCUGUGUGGGAACGGUGGUCUCCACCCUGACGGCCCUGUUACUCAGUCAGGACAGGUCCACCAUUGCAGCAGGGCUCCAUGGCUACAAUGCCACCCUGGUAGGCAUCCUCAUGGCUGUCUUUUCAGACAAGGGAAACUAUUUCUGGUGGCUGUUGUUCCCUGUGUGUGCUAUAUCCAUGACUUGUCCAGUUUUCUCAAGCGCAUUGAACUCCGUGUUCAGCAAAUGGGACCUGCCUGUCUUCACUCUUCCCUUCAACAUGGCAUUGUCAAUGUACCUUUCUGCCACGGGACAUUACAAUUCAUUUUUCCCAAGCAAAUUGUUGACACCUGUAACCUCGGUUCCCAAUGUCACCUGGUCUGACCUCAGUGCCCUGCAGUUACUGAAGUCCCUGCCCGUGGGUGUUGGUCAGAUAUACGGCUGUGAUAAUCCGUGGACAGGGGGCAUCUUCCUCGGUGCCAUCCUCCUCUCCUCCCCACUCAUGUGCCUGCACGCUGCCAUCGGGUCACUGCUGGGGAUAGCAGCAGGGCUCAGUCUUUCAGCCCCAUUUGAGGACAUCUACUCUGGACUCUGGGGUUUCAACAGCUCUCUGUCCUGCAUUGCAAUUGGAGGAAUGUUCAUGGCGCUCACCUGGCAAACCCACCUGCUGGCUCUUGCCUGCGCCUUGUUCACAGCCUACCUUGGGGCCAGCAUGUCACACCUCAUGGCUGUGGUUGGAUUGCCAUCUUGUACCUGGCCCUUCUGUUUGGCCACACUGCUGUUCCUCCUGGUGACUACGAAAAACCCCAACAUCUACAGGAUGCCCCUCAGUAAAAUCACUUAUUCUGAAGAAAACCGCAUCUUCUACCUACAAACCAAGAAAAGGACGAUGGAAAGCCCUUUGUGAGCACAGCCCAAUCCACAGCCAUGGUCACAAGUCAUUUCUGACUACCUGCCCCAGUUGACUUCCAGGGUCUCAAAACUGUUGUUUUUACCAGUAACGAAUUCUAUACUAACCCAUCAGUGAUCUGUUCUUAUGCUCAUUUUGUAUUUUUCUUUCUUUCUUUCCAGAAUAUCCCCAAACAAGUGACAGACACAUCAAGGUGAUGUGCUCUGGCUAUGGAACCUUAAACCCUCGUGGGGCGUUGGCACUAAGACUGUGCUAUAUAAAGUCAGAGUGGUCCAACAGAAAGAGGAAGUAAGACUAAAGCUAAUUAUUGAUAUUUAUUGAUCUUCUUGGUGUUUUAGUUAGCUACAUGAUGUUAACAGUAUUAAAAAUUAAUCUAUGUAAA